AUGAAGGUCGUGUGCGUGUCCGACACGCACGGACUGCACGACUUAGCUGCGGCCGUCCCAGACGGUGACGUGUUCGUGCACGCGGGCGACUUCACCGACACGGGCGCGCGCAGCGAGGUGCUGGCGUUCAACGAGUUCUUGGGACGGUUACCCCAUCGGUACAAGCUCGUGAUCGCUGGGAACCACGAGUCGUCGUUCGACCGUCACUUCUAUGCUUCCUAUUGGCAUCACUAUGGCCAUGAGCAGCAGUACGACCCAGAAGAGGUGCGGGCGCUGCUGACCAACGCGCUGUACCUGGAAGACGAGGCAGUGGAGAUUGAGGGUUACGUCUUUUACGGCACGCCGUGGCAGCCCGAGUUCUGCAAUUGGGCGUUUAAUUUACCUCGUGGUGACGCGCUGCUCCGUCAAUGGAAACUCAUUCCGACGGACACAGAUGUGCUGAUCACCCACACGCCACCUCAAGGCCACGGGGACCUCGUGGGCUGUACUCGCGUGGGCUGCGUAGAUCUGCUACAUGAAGUAGAGCAGCGAGUUCGUCCGAAGCUGCACGUUUUUGGACACGUGCACGAAGGCUAUGGACGCAGUGCGAGUGCGAACGGCCAGAUCACGUACUUUAAUGCUUCAGCGUGCACUCACAAGUACGAACCGGUGAAUCCGCCGUUACUGUUCGAAUUGACCGAGCCACCGAAGCGAGGGUGGCACCACAACCGUUCGUCACCGUCAACGUCGUCGGUUGAGAGCAGCUGCCAAGUUCAUUGCAGUACCAGCCCUUCUGAUAGUAGUAGCGUCAGCAUCCAAUCGAUCGCUGAAGAUGAAAACGUUGACGUGCACGCAAGUCCACUGACUCAUCUAGAGCCCAGGAAGUACGCCUUGAUGUUGCACGAGUGGCUGCGCUUGUGCUCUCACAAGCCUCCGUUUGUUGAAACGCAUGCCAUCCCAGGGAAAACGUGCGAAAGCAACGGCAGGGACAUGCUGCGAGACUUCCGUGUAGAUGGCACGACAUCUGGGCUGUUAUUUGAGAGCACAUUGAAGUUGCGUCCUGUCAUCAAUGUCCAGAAACGUGCACUGAGGUACCUCUUCGCUCAAGGAUUCCGGAGCAAUGCUGACAAUUACAAGGAGCAGAUCGACGAGGAUCAUGCCGCUGCAACUCACAGCGAAAAAACACACGAAGAAGUUACGUCAGAAACUGGAGCGGAAAGUGAAGCGAUUAAUGUACCAAAAGAGCGAAGGAAAUAUGGCAUUUCUCGCCGUGUGACUGUGGCCGUUUUGGAUGACAUUGACGAGGACAAAGAAGGAAUGGACGAACGUGGUCGAGAACAUGUGCAGCGGGCCCGUCUGGCUGCUGCUGCUCUCGGUAAAUCAGAUGCCGUAAGUACUGACACUCCGCCUCGUGGUUUGCGACGUAAUAAGACCCUGCAGCGCCGAUUAGCGGUACCGAAACUUUCUCCGCUUUCUGAGGAUUCGACGGAAGGCGAGGAAAGCUAUAGCGGUACAGUGGGUGCAAUUGUACUCGAGGAAAACGCUAGUGAAGCUGCUAUUAUUUCCGAGGCUGUCGACGUAGCACCAAGCGUAUCCGAGUGUGCAUUGUGCAAGUUUAAUGUUCGCGGCCACAUUCAUCCAGGGGAGGAGACAAGCAGAAGCACUGAAGCGAUCGUCGUAGCCCCGCGUGUUGCCGAGUGUGUAAUGUGCAAGUAUCAAGUGUCUGGCCACGUCCAUCCGGGGGCACAAGCUUUGCCGCUACCGACGGCACCGCCUGUUUCAGCAGUGACUUCAAGAGAGGCAGUGAAAGUGGACACGAAGCCGAGUAAGCCGCGCGCCAGAGCUGACCGUCAACCUUCCAACCAUUUAUCGUCCUGGUUCUGA